AUGUGGAAUAGAAUGUGUCAUAAUUACGAAUACUCACACAUGUCAGUACUUCCCUAUGCAGGUGGUUCAAAGCCAGUCGUGGCGGCCGUUGAGGGUCUUGCUCUAGGCGGUGGCUUGGAGCUUGCUCUGUCAUGCCAUGCAAGAAUCGCUGCACCCAAGGCCCAGCUGGGGCUUCCAGAGCUGCAGCUCGGCAUCAUUCCUGGAUUCGGAGGCACUCAGCGUUUGCCUCGCCUGGUUGGCCUACAGAAGGCGAUUGAAAUGAUCCUGAUGUCCAAGCCUAUCACAUCUGAAGCGGGACUCAAGGCUGGUCUCGUUGAUCAAAUUGUUCCUAGCAAUGCCCUGCUAACCACCGCCAAGGCGUGGGCCCUGGAUAUUGCCAGCGGCAGGAAGCCAUGGCUGAAGACGCUGGAGAGGAACGACAGGAUUGAGAGCCUGGGCGAGGCUCGAGCCAUCUUCAAGUUCGCAAGGGUUCAGGCGAUUCAGACGGCUCCUAACCUCACUCAUCCGUUGCGGUGCUUGGACGCCAUGGAGUAUGGCGUCACCCAUGGGGGGUACGCCGGCAAUCUCAAGGAAGAGGAGGUGUUUUUGGAACUUGUGCUUGCUGACACGGCCAAGUCCCUGACACAUAUCUUCUUCGCCCAGAGGCAAACAACUAAGAUCCCUGGAGUCACAGAUCGGGGUUUGAAGCCUCGGCCCCUCCGCAAGGUGGCAGUGAUUGGAGGGGGGUUGAUGGGUUCUGGGAUCGUCACCGCGCUCAUCACGGCGAAGAUUCAAGUCAUUCUCAAGGAGGUCAAUGCCCAGUUUCUCCAGCAAGGGCUGGACCGUGUCAAGGCAAAUUUCCAAGGCAGGCUAAAGAAGGGGAGGAUGACACAGGAGCAGGUGGAUAAGAUUCUGUCGCUACUCAAGGGCACGCUCUCCUACGACGACUUUGCUGACGUGGAUCUGGUCAUUGAGGCUGUGAUUGAGAGCAUCCCUUUGAAGCAGCAGAUCUUCCAGGACCUGGAGAGGGUGUGCAAGCCUGCGUGCAUCCUCUCGUCCAACACGUCAACCAUCGACCUCAACGUCGUUGGUGCCAAGACUCGCUCCCAGGACCGCAUCAUCGGCGCACACUUCUUCAGCCCUGCCCAUGUGAUGCCGCUGUUGGAGGUGGUCCGCACUGAUAAGACCUCCCCUCAGGCCAUCCUGGAUCUCAUCACCCUGGGCAAGACCAUUAAGAAGACGCCAGUGGUGGUGGGCAACUGCACGGGCUUUGCUGUCAACCGCGUCUUCUUCCCCUACACCAUGGCCGCCUGCCUGCUCGUGGACCUGGGAGUGGAUCUCUACCGGAUCGACCGGGUCAUCAAGGCCUUUGGCAUGCCCAUGGGGCCCUUCAGGCUGGCUGAUUUGGUGGGGAUGCAAGUGGGGCAGGCGGUGGGGACGCAGUUCGUCACGGCGUUCCCCGAGCGGGCCUACAAGGCUGCACUCAUCCCCCUCCUCGUUGAGGCCAAACGCUUCGGGGAGAAAUCAGGCAAGGGCUUCUAUCUGUACGACAACAACAGGCGCCAGCGCCCGGACCCGGCAAUCAAAGAAUUCGUGGAGCAGGCAGGGAAGUACAACAACAUCAAGCCGGGCGGCAAGCCCGUGGCAGUAUCUGACAGGGACAUCGUGGAGAUGAUCUUCUUCCCCGUGGUGAACGAGGCGUGCCGUGUGCUGGACGAGGGCAUUGUGGUGCGCGCAUCAGAUCUCGACAUUGCCACUGUCAUGUCCAUGGGCUUCCCUCCCUACCGGGGUGGCCUGGUCUUCUGGGCUGAUCUGGUCGGGGCAAAGUACAUUGCGGAUCGCCUCACCACAUGGUCACAGGCCUAUGGAGGUUUCUUCAAGCCUUGCAACUACUUGCUUGAGCGAGCAGCUCGAGGCGUCAAGCUGGGAGCACCGAAGGGAGCGUCUUCAAUGGCUAAGCUUUAA